AUGAUUGAAAGAAAUCCAAAAAGGUCUUAUGAAUUUUAUAAAUCAAAAUUAUUACAAAGCAAUGAGUAUUAUGAAAAAAAUGAAUGGGAAAAUAUCGUUAAAGAAACAAAAAGAGCAGUAAAAAUAUUAGAGGAAAAUAACCAACCAUCACAAGUUAUAAUACACUUUGGAAAUGGACGUGUUAUAAUUAAACGACCAUUUAUGAUAAAUAUGGAAAAUGUUAAUAUUGAAGAAUUUAUAGGAAAAUUAAUUAAUUAUGAUGAAGAUAUUAGUGAAUUUUGGAAACGAUAUGAUGAUGAGGACAAUCCACCAAUCCCACCAGGAUUACUUGUAAGACAAAUUAUUGUAAAAAAGUUAGGAGAAGUCGAAAGAAAAAGAAUUGAAGGAGGAUUUUUUGGAUAUUAUUUAAAAGAAGAGUGGGAAUGUAUAGCAUCAAUAUUUGAAAAAUACCAAAUUUAUACAAAAAAUACUAUUCGUCUUAGCGAAAAUUGUUUUGUUAAUUGUUUAAAAGAAUCAGGAGUAAUUGAUGAUAUAAGUCUUGAAACAAUUAGAAGUAUGAUAAAAGGACAAACAAUUAGCAAAAAGAACAUUAAAAAGAUAUGUGAAAAGUAUGGAUUUAGAGUUGAAUUAAAAUAUUAUAGAGAUAAAGAAGAAAAAGUUAUUAAAAAAGAAAUAAUUGGAACAGAAGGAAAUAUAAUUCGUAUGUUUUUAUUUAGAUGGAAGAAUGGACAACAUUAUAUUAAUAAUGAGAAAAUACCAUUAACAACAUUUUUCAUUAAAAAUUUUAAAGAAAUAAAGAAAUAUUGUGAAGAAAAUAAUAAAAACAUUAACAAAUAUUAUUUGACAUAUAGAAAAAGAAAUGGAUGUUACGAAACAUUAUUACAAAGACAACUAAAAGCAUUUAGAGCAAUACAAAUAUUAAAAGAAGAAGGAGCAUUUGAAGAAAUUAGUAAAGAAGAUAUUAUAACACAACACCUUUAUGAUGCUGAUAAACUUCAAGUUAAACUUACAGAAAUUACACCAUAUGAAUACAAAAUAUGUGAAAGUAAAGAAAUAAGAGAAAUGGAAUAUGAGAAUGUAUUUUAUGCAGAUUUUGAAUGUAUGGUAAAAGGAGAACAUCAUAUUCCAUUUUGUGUUGUUGUAAUUGAUAAGAAAGGAGUAUGGAAUACAUUUUAUGGACUAAAUUGUGGAAAAGAAUUUAUAGAAUAUUUAUCUAAUUUUAAAAAUCCAAUAUGUUAUUUUCAUAAUCUCGGAUAUGAUGGGAGAUUCUUGGCACAAUAUGGAAUAAUUGGGAUUACUAGAAAAGGGUCUAAUAUUUAUAAUAUGGUUAUAAAAACACAUAAAGGAAAGAAAAUAAUAUUCAAAGAUACAUUAGGACUUAUUCCAACUUCAAUAUCAAAUUUUAAAAGAUUCUUUAAUUUAGAAGGAGAAUAUGAAAAAGAAAUAUUUCCAUAUAAUUAUUAUGAUUAUAAUACAUUAGAAGUAGGAACAAUAGAAGGAUGUUGGAAUAAUGAAACACCAAAAUGGGAAGAAAGUAAAAUAAAAGAAUUUAAAGAGAAGAUAAAUAAAACAGGAUGUUUAUUAGAUAAUGGGAAAUUUAAUACAAGAAAAUAUUGUGAAUAUUAUUGUAAAAGAGAUGUUGAGGUAUUAAGAAAGGGAUUUAUGAAAUUUAAAGAAAUGACUAAGAAGAAUUUGGAAUUAGAAUGUGAAGCAUUUUCUACAAUUA